AAUCAGUGUUGCCACACAUACCUUCGUACAUUCGAAUACGUGUAUAUCUUGACCGCACCAAUGUCAAUUUCAAGGAGAAUCUCUAAGAAAAUUUUCAGGAAAUCAUUUGUAAACAUUUGAAGUGAAACGCAGUACACGCUGAUGGUUCAACGGAAAUAGUACCGCGUUGGAAAACGUUUUUCCAAUUUUCAAAAAAAAAACCUAACCACAAAUCAAAUAAUCCAACCCACCCACCAAAAAAAACCUUUGGAUUUAAAGUUAAAUACUGUUUUCAAACGGUUACCACAACUGUCAGUACAACAAAACCAAAAAAAAAAACAGAAAAAAACUGUAACUCCAACAAAAGUAACCAAAGUACAAUUCCAACAAUAAAAUACAUCCAUUUGUUUUAUCUGUCUUGACCAAUUGUCCGAGUCAUCAAUCGGAAGUGUAAUCAAGUAAUUCUACAAAAAGCAACAGCAACUGCAACAACAGCAACAUCAACGCCAACAACAAUGAAAACAAAUAAAGUGGUGAUUUUACGCCAUGGCGAAAGUGAAUUCAACAAAUUGAAUCUAUUCUGCGGCUGGCAUGAUGCUCCACUGACGGAUAAAGGUCUCGAAGAUGCCUCGAAAAUAGCUGUAGCUGGUCUACGCCAACAUCGGAUGCAGUUCGAUGUCAUUUACACAUCAUUACUGCAGCGGGCCCAUCAAACCGUCGAUGUGAUAAGGGAGAACCUCAAAUACCACGAUGUUCCAGUGAUCUAUGACUGGCGUUUAAAUGAACGACACUACGGCAAUUUGACAGGGUUCAAUAAACGUCAGGUGGCCAACAAAUAUGGCGAGGAAAAAGUACAAAUAUGGCGUCGUUCAUUCGAUGUCCUGCCACCCGAGAUAACCCCCGAUAAUCCCUACUAUGCCAAAAUACGUAACAAUCCGAAAUUUAAAGAUAUACCAAAGGACAAAUUUCCCGAUACGGAAUCGUUGAAAACGCUCAUGUUGCGGGCUAUACCACUGUGGGAGCAGGAGAUAAUGCCAAAAGUUCUCGACGGCCAAAGGGUUUUAGUUGUGGCCCAUGGUACUGUGGUGCGGGCCCUCAUGAAAUAUAUUGAAAAUAUCUCCGAUGACGACAUCAUGAAAGUCAACAUACCCAACAGUGUCCCCUGCGUCUUCGAAUAUGAUCUGUCGAGUGGCCAGCGCGUGGGCAAUAUUCAGUAUUUGGCCGAUGCCGAUUAUGUGAAAAAGGAAACGGAAAAAGUAGCCGCUAUUGGAAAUUAAAAUGACUCUAUGACUGAUUUAC